AUGGAGGGCUCGCUAAGGGCCCCGGCGCUCCUGGGUCUUGACGCCCUGCUGGACCUGAUGCUGUGCGUGUGCCACGAGCUGGUUACUUCCCCGCUGGCCGAGGAGACCCACAUUUCUGAUUUCCUGAGCUGGGCCAAUCCCAUGUCGCAGCGCAUCCGGGAACGGCGAAUGAAAAGGAGCGAUUUUGACAUUGUAAAGGUGAUUGGGCGUGGAGCGUUCAGUGAGGUUGCUGUUGUGAGGAAGAAGAGUAACUCUCAGGUGUACGCCAUGAAGAUAAUGAACAAGUGGGACCUUCUGAAACGAUCAGAUGUUGCCUGUUACAGACAGGAGAGGGACGUUCUGGUCAACGGAGACAAGAGGUGGAUCACGCAAUUACACUUUGCUUUUCAAGAUGAUAAUUAUCUCUACCUCUUGAUGGAUUACUACGUGGGGGGUGAUCUGCUUUCCCUGCUCAGUAAAUUCCCCGACGGGCUUCCUUCUCAUAUGGCCAUCUUCUACCUGGCGGAAAUGGUCAUGGCCGUCAGCUCUGUGCACUCCAUGGGCUUCAUACACAGAGAUAUUAAGCCGGACAAUAUGCUGUUAAAUCGUUCCGGCCACAUUCAUCUUGGGGAUUUUGGUUCGUGUCUGAAGUUGCGGGAGGACGGCACGGUUUCCUGCUCCGUCGCUGUUGGAACCCCCGAUUACCUUUCCCCUGAGAUCCUGCUCGCCGUUGAAGACCCCACACUUUCCUAUGGGGUAGAGUGCGAUUGGUGGUCCCUCGGGGCCUGUGCCUACGAAAUGUUCUUUGGCCAUGCGCCUUUCUACGCAGAUUCCGUGGUGGAGACAUACGGCAAAAUUAUCCACUACAAAGAGCACUUUAGGUUUCCUCCUUCCGCCUCCGAGGUCCCCCCAGAAGCUUUGGAUUUCAUCUCAUCUCUCAUCUGUGAGCGCGACACCCGCCUGGGCAGGGGGGGGCUCCAGGAUUUUAAAACGCACCCGCUGUUUCCUAGUAUUGACUGGGAGAGACUGCGGGAGAGCACCCCGCCUUACGUUCCUGAGUCCGAAGGAGCCACCGACACCUCCAACUUUGAUGUGGUGGAAGAUGAGCUGUCGGAGAUGAUUAGUGGCGGAGGGGAGACCCUCUCGGAUGUUGGGGACAGCUCCCCUCUUGGAGUGCACCUUCCCUUUGUCGGCUACUCUUAUACAUUAAGGGAAGAUGACUGGGAGCUUGUUUGGGGAAUCAGAAAGAACGAGUGUGAGUGUAAGAGGAGGCCAACUCUGGACUCUCAAAAUAUGAGCCAUGGAGACGCCCUGGACGCCAGUCUUGACUCUGCGCUGCUCGCUGAUCUGCGGAAAGCUCUGCAGAGCGAAAUAGAGACCCGGGAGGCUCUGAAUACAGAAGUCAACCUACUAAAAACAGCCAACCAGAAUCUGGCCGGCCGUCUGUAUGAAGCUGACCGGGUGAACGCUGAACUACAGAGGAAGAUACAGAUGAUGGAGGAGCAGCUUCAGGAGAGAGCGGCCAUCGUGGACCAAGAAACAGACGUUCUGUCCUCCUCCCGUGGAUUUGAAACCUGCGUUCGGGAAUAUGAAUCAACCACUAGGACUAGACAACUAGAUAGCUGUAUACCUUCCUAUUGUCACCCUUUAGUGACACCGGUACACCGGCACAUGCUGCUGUUUUCACGGGUUCCUAAGCCUCGCGCUCUCUGGGUGGGCUACCUCUUGAUGUGUUCCGGUUUGACUACCUGGCCAUCCUAUGUGGCUUGUCGUCCAUGUACCGUUUAGGCAACAUGCCUCUCACGUGUUUCCGUGCGCUUUGGUAAUGGAUUACUCUCAUCGGGUUCACAUUCAGAUUAGAUUUC